CUCUCAGUCAGUGAAUCAAUAUUCAGUUAGCAAGCACUAAUCGAUACAAUGACAACUCUAACCAUUUCCGAAGUCAAUUUAUUAGACGAUAAUCAGUUCGAGACGGUUUUUGGAAAUGUAAUAGAACAUUGCAAAAGUGCACCGGUGAUGAUAAAAAAGUUACGACCGUUUAAAAAUGUCAAUGAACUUUGUGAUGCGUUUCAAAAGUACUUAGACGAUAUCAAUAAAGAAGAGAAAUUGGCAGUAUUGAAAUCACAUCCCGAUCUCGCAGGCAGAUUGGCACAGCAAGGAGAUCUAACUCCAGAAUCAAAGGAAGAGCAACGAAGCGCUGGAUUAAAUGAUCUAACCGAGGAACAAAAGCAAAUAAUGGACGAUAGAAACAAGCGGUACAAAUUAAAAUUCGGAUUUCCGUUCAUAAUUUGUGCAAGAGAAAACAAAGUGCAGUCAAUAUUGUAUGGUUUGCAAAACCGUUACAACAAUAAUUAUGACCAGGAAGUGGUAACCGGCAUUAAUGAAGUAAAGAAAAUAUGCAAAUUGAGAAUUCUCAAUAUUGUGACUGAAUAAUUUACAAAAAUAGACAAUAUAUUUGAUAUAUUGACAUUACGAAAUUCUCAAUUUUUACUUAUAAUUAAGGUUAUAUUUAAAUUUAAACAUAACCUUUGAACAUUUGAAGAAAUCUUGUCACAGUUCAGAUCACUUAAUAUGUUUAGAAAAAACUUCUAAAACUACCAAAAUUUUAUUUUGCUAUGUACAUCCACUAAAAAAUAAAACACCAAGAACUUUUUUUAAUCAAUUUAAUAUUAAAUGUAUACAUUUAAAAAGGUUAUAAUUAGCCGCAGGGACAUACAUUAGCUUUUACAGUAAACCAAGCGUUCUUUCUACAACAGCAUGUGGCUGACCCGCUGUUUCACACAUGUCUGGGAUGUUGAGGAUGUCUUCAAAGCCAAUGUCCAAGUCACGACCAGUAAGCACUUCAUGCUGCAAGUUGGAACUAGGUAGGAAUGGCAGGCGACCAAUCUGAAACAUGCAAUAUAUAAUUUCAGUACAAACAAGCUAUUACAUAAUUUUUUUGUACUGACAGACAAAAGACCGAUUGAGAAAUAAGAACUAACCUAUUUAAACAAUAAAACCUUUGCCCGUUUAAAAAAAGAUACCUGUACAUUAUGUUGAUUAAGCACUGAAACUUUCCAAAAUAAAUCUGUAGACACUAAAAUUAUGUCAGAAAGUGAAAUAUGUAAAUAUAAUUUCUAACUUCUA